AUGGGGGCCUCCCGAGGCCAGCACCGGGCCGCUCCGAACUUGGAACCCAAAGCUGCCUCGACACCAUUGCUGGAACAGAACUCCUGGGCCCCAGGAGGGUACUACGCCCAGGGUGAGGGUCUCCAUAUUCAGCCCACCCAGGGGCCAGAGGCAACCUGGAGUGCCCUGGGGGCUGGUGGGGAGGAAGGUCCCGGCCACGCUGCCAUGGCCUCAGGACUUGGAGCGCCUCCGCCUCCUCCCCCGAUGUCUGUUUAUCCGGAACUGUUCAGGGUACCGAGGCUGCUGUCCCCAGAUCCGGUACAGUUCACGUGUCCAUACUGCAUGAACCGGAUCGUCACCGUGACCACACCGGUCCCAGGCGUGCUCACCUGGCUCCUCUGCACCGGCUUCUUCGUGGCCGGGUGCUUCUUGGGCUGCUGCCUCGUCCCCUUCUGCGUGGACAGCUUGAUGGACGUGAGGCACACGUGCCCCGUAUGUCGCCAGGAGCUCUUCCUCUACAAACGCCUGUGA